AUGCCGCCCUUUAUCCUGCUGAGCGCGCAAUUGCGCUCUGCAAUCCCCCGGAGCGUGCGGAGAGACCUCACCAGCAAACUGUUUACCCGAUUCAAGACGACUCAGAACCCCGUCCAGCCGCCCAAGAGCGAGGUCCCUUUCAUCAAACGCAACACCACGGCACCCCGGAAUCCACAGCCGUCCCCGACCAAGCAUGCGAAAUUGACCUUUCGAAAAGGGCCUCCGGAACGGAUCCUCAUCUACCAUGGCGGAACUGGAAAGACAGCCAUCCUGGGGACGUUAAGAAUGACGACAAUCAUCAUAUUCGGUGUCUCCUGCGUGCUAGUCGCCCCAGCAUUUUAUUCCGAGGAGCAUCCGUGGUAUCUUGCUCCUGCCAUUGUAAUUGCCAGCGCCUUCCCCAUGAUCUUCGUCACCUGGACUUCGGCCCCAUACGUCACCUUUGUACACCUUGCGCUCCCAGUCUUUGCCCGACGCUCUCGAGAGGCAACCAUUGAAUAUGCGAAGAAUUUGCCGCCCACGGCCACCUUAUACACGACCACCAUGAGGGCGACGUCCAUGCCCAUGAAGACGGAAAUGCGGCUGGGAGACUUGGUUCCGAAUAAGUCUCUCUUUCGACCCGUGAGCUUUACCACCUUGAAACCAGCGUCCACUCGGUGGUGGGAAGGAAAGUCUCCCAAAUACUUUUACACGGAUACGAAGAGCAAGCGUGGGCGCCCGUCCUCGACUUUCUACCCUGCAUUGUGGGAACAUGUGUACAAGCAGAUUCAGAAUAAUGGUGCAUUGAAGAAAAAUUAA